AUGUAUCAAACAGCCGCCGCUCCUCAAUAUCAACCACAACAACCCUUCGCCGUGUACGGGAAUACACAUAUAACCUACACUUCUAACCCUCAUCACUCCAGGAAUUCGUCGACGUCAUCAAUAUCUAGGCAUUCCCCCCAGGACGCUUCUUUCGCGCUAGAGACGAACGGAUACACGCAACUCAGCUAUCGUUUCGAUCCCAAUACAGCUGCCAAUACGAUGACCACUCAGGACGUUUCAAAGUCGUCCCCUCUCCAACAAAAUCAUAAUUCACCGAGUUUGAUCCAGGCCGGAUCGUCACCUUCCUCCUCAGUUACCUUGUCUCCGGAUAAUAGUUCGAACGUUCUUCCGCCUAUAUCUGAAGUGUUUUCAUCAUCUUCGGCACAUAACGGACAGUCAACAUCAUCCUCGGGUUCACCAAUUCAAUCUCAAGUUGUUCCCCAACAACCUCAAGUGCAAUCUCAGCAGCAGCCGAAUGGGGGUAACAUCACGAUGCCGUCGACAGCCUCUGCUCAUCCCAGCUACUUCUACUCCGAUGUGAACGCGGCCGCGGCUGCAGCUACUUUCGCCGCUGCAGCUCACGCACAACAAGUUGCUGCGCAACAAGCCGCCGAAGGCGCCAACUUUUCUACUUCGAUAGUUUCACAAAGUCAGUCAUCCCAGUUAGCGUCCAAUAUCCCGGUGGUGGAUCCCAGAACUCUCCCAAGGGUCAGUGCCAAUGCUUCAGAUAUGCAAGCCCUUUCUAAUCGCAAUGGUUCCUCCAUGCUUGCUAUAAACACUGCUGGAUUAAGCGUUGGUGCGGGAGACCCUAGUCCAAUGAGCGCCAAUUCUUCGACAGGAUCCCCGAUAAUGCCCACCCUCAGCUACCAUCCGAGUGCUCACCAUCAAGCAUUGCUCAAUAGUCACUUCAUGGCCGCCACCCAAUCUAUGAACAGCGCUGCUGGCUUGAUAGCACCAACUCAACGUCUUUCAGCGAACCACAACCGAAGAAACACUCGUUCGGAUGAUGGUAGCGACAUAAAUUCCGUGUCUAACGGUGAACGUCCUCAAAAGGUAUACUCGUUCGUGGCCCUACCAGGAAUAAACACCAAGAAGAGACCCCGCCGUCGAUACGACGAAAUUGAGCGCCACUAUGCUUGUAAUUUCGCUGGAUGUACGAAGAGUUACGGCACUCUCAAUCACUUGAACGCACACGUACAGAUGCAGAAGCAUGGACCCAAGAGGCAUCCUUCAGAAUUCAAAGAGCUUCGAAAACAAUGGAGACGACAAAAACGUGAAGAGGAGGAACGAAAAAAUGCAGAAAGUGCCGCUGCAAAGAACUCCGCGGCUGGCCUUAACAUAAC